UAGAGCAGACAGAAAGGAAGAGGUACGCGGAAUUGUUGCAGUCUGACUAGGACCGUUAUGACAUUACGAUCGUCCGUUAUCCAUUGUGUCUCGCGGUUCAAUUAAGUGUUGUGCACUUGUCUCGCAGAUACAUUUUCCCCGUUAAUUUGUUUGAUCAUUUUUUCAAAAUGAGGCCUGAACAAGUUUUUUUAUUUGGUGCACCAUUGGUUGUUAUCGGAUUAGCAAGCAUCACACCGGAAAUCGUUCCUGGUAAGGAAUGUUUGCGAUCGUGUUUGGAAGGUCAACGAUCGAAAAGGUGCACUUUUCAUUUUAAAAUUAGUAAAGCCACACUGGAUUCGAGGCAACAACCGCGGCUGAUUAAUGGGGCCAGUCCCGGACCACCGAUCGAGAUUUGCCUGGGAGACAGAAUCGAAGUGACGGUACAAAACGCAUUGUCCUCCGAAGAAGUGAGCUUUCAUUGGCACGGACUGAGUCAGAGAACUCGUCCCUACAUGGACGGGGUCCCAAUGAUUUCGCAGUGCCCGAUACUCCCUUACACGAAUUUUCGAUACGAAAUUAUGCCUGAGAGUACAGGCACUCACUUUUACCACGCGCAUUCGGUGCAACAACAAGGAGACGGAUUGUACGGUCUAUUGAUAGUUCGGGGCCCCUCGGACGAGCCAGCCACUGAAAGAGUAUUUCUCAUCUCCGCAAGUUGCCCCGCUGUCCUUUCGGAGCUUCUGCCAUCAGUGGGAACGACAGCUAUGAACGUCUCCCGGCAGUCCGACCUCGUGCCGAACGCUCUAGUUUUGAAUGGUCAGAAAAAUGGAGUACGAAUUGCUGUGGAGACUGGGAAGACGUUUCUACUGCGAAUCGUAAACGCCAUUGCUUUCAACUGCCCAGUUAUAUUUUAUAUCGCUCAACACGAUUUCGACGUGGUGGCGACCGAUGGAAAAUCGACUGAGGCAACGCCGACCACUCGGACCGACCGAAUCAUCAUUUUUCCAGGCGAAAGAUUCGACCUACGGAUCGAGGGGAAUGGAACUUCCGGUCACAGGUACGCCGUCGCGCUUCGAGGACUCGAAAAUUGCCGAGGUCUCGUGCACGAGGCCUCUCUGGAUUAUCGUUCGAUGGAAAACGAGCACGAGACCACCGACGAGGCCGUUGUAGAAGCCCAUUUGCCGCUGUCCUUCCUUCGUGCCGUUAAUCCUCUCAACGGGAUCGAGAAGCAACGUGCUCAUAUGUUCGACGCUACGUUGGGCCUCGGUUCGUUGGAUUUAAAGUGCAAAAAGCACAGAGACUCGACAUCGUCUUCGGCAUCGGCAGCUCGUUUGGACGAGGAAGAGAGGAGCCCAUCGCGGCUGAUAAAAACGAUCUACGUACCGUUCGACGUUCACAGGUACGACGAUAUCGUGGACGGAAUGACUGAUUACUCGUUCAACAUUUACGAUCCUUCCUACUAUCCGUCCUUCCUGAGCGGCGCGGAUACUGGCGUGAGUUUUGGCCGAAUUGCCCAGGUUAACGAGAUGAGCUUCGAGUACCCAUCCUCGCCAAUUUUAUCCGGAGCCGGACCUCAAGAACCUCUGUGCUCCGUCGAAGAAUGCGAGGAGAAUCUUUGCGCCGAGAAUAAGCCAAAAUUAUUUCGCGGAUGUACACAAAUUCUGGGACUCGAGGCGUUCGAGACUUUUCAUAUCGUUCUCAUCGACAAGGGUUUCGGCGACAACGUCAGUCACACUUUUCACGCCCACGGAUACGAUGCAGAAAUAGUUGGACACGCGCGAUUCAACGAACCGGUCACGAGGCAGCGGGUUGUACGAGUUCACGAAAAAAGCGAGUCUCCACUUUUUUGCGAAGGAAAGGCGGUACUCAAGGAUACUUUUGUUGUGCCGAACAAAGGAUAUCUCGUCCUCCGAAUACACACGAACAAUACAGGCUACUGGCUGUGGGAGGCAAGAAGUACGGGAUUGUAUGGCAUCAACGAUGGGCACCCUCCAAUGCAGUUUAUCUUGUCCGUCGGUAGUCGAGAAAAUGUACCGACGCUUCCGAUGGGCUUUCCUACUUGCGGUGACUACAAGAGUCCAGCGUCGAUAUUUCACGAUGCGGAAUGAGCUGUUUUCACGCCAAUAGUCGCAUCCUGUAAAUGAUUUUAGUGCGUGUUUUAGUUCUAAGAAAAUGAAAUACUCGGGCGAUAUUCAAACUCUCCCGAGUUCAUAUGGGAAAGAGGAUAAAUUCACUAUUUGCCAAAACAACCCUUUUCGCCGACGCACUUGACAAGAAUUAAGGAUAUAUUGCACAGGCGAUACAAUGUUGCCAUGCUAAACCAUGCUAAAAACAUAAAAAAGUUCAAAAUGAUCAGAAUUUUAUAAAAUUUGGUGAACAUAUUCUUUAGUGCCAAAUUUG